UUAACGCGUUCUUAUGGAACACGCGUCUGACGGACGUCUUCUACUCUAUCUCAUCUCUAUCUCUCUUCUUCUUCUCCUCUGUCGCCUUCUCCCGCUUCUCCUCAUCCACCAACAAAGUCGCCGCCUUUACUCCGAUCAAAGCUCGACGCUUUCGCAACCCCGAUUUGCCGGCGAUCUCUUCCAACCUAUCUAACAAAAUCGUCCUUUGGCCAAAGCUUCUGGGUGUUCACUGUUUUGCUAUGGCAAAUCGAAUCACUGGAUCAAGUUCUUGCUAUGGAGCUCUUCUCUUGUAAAUGAACAAUAUGCUUUACAUACAGAGCUUCACCGAUGCUGAUGAUGCCCUCAAGCUCCACCACGUCGUUCAUUGCUCCCUCGACGUCAUAGAAGAGCGAGUUCAUGUGGCGGAGGAUGUGAAGCCCAAGAAGGUGUUAGUGCGGCAUUUGGAGACACUCACGGACUCUGAAACCCCUCUUGAUAUCAUCCACUCUUUAUUUGAGUCUGAUCUUGAUGAGCAGAGUUGCAGUAAAGGAAUGUUUAUUGCGGAGAAAGGAACAGUUCUUGACAAAAGCUGUACAUCAGCAACAGACCACUGCACAGAAUGCUCGGUUCAAGCAAAUAUGGCGGAGUAGGAAGGGAAACAUUGAAGCCUUUUUGGAGUUGCCAGCGCUGAGCUAGAGGCCUCCCUGGAGUUCUCUUCUUCCGCUUCCGUUUACGUCUCUAAUAACGUCUGGUAUGCAUAUAUCCUAUCACAAGCCUUUUUGAUAUUCAGAUUGUAUGGUCUUGAAGCUAUGAUUUUGCAUUUCAUUCUCUGAUGAAUUGGAGUAGUUAGAAGGGAAGCAUGAGUGUAGUUUUGUUUACAAUAGGAGUUGGAUGAGAUGAAGAACAGAUUUUUUGGUUUUUUUUUUUUCCAACUUUGUAAUUUUAUUAUGUUCUGGAUUUUAAUGUGUAAUCUUUGUUAAUAAAACUGAACCUCCAUACCAA